CAAAACAACAGACGAGAAAUGUUAUAGAUGUGGAAAUAAGAGGUGGAUAAACACUUCAGUGACAUUUUAUCAAAGCACAAUGUCUACGUUACAGCUUUUAAGUGAUUUUUUGACAGAGAGAUUAACUUUAGCUGCGCAGGAGAUAUUUAAGGCUGUGGAAGACAUAUUUUCAGAAUAUAAUGAGGAGAUUUGUCGCUCCAGACAGGAGAUUGAGCUGCUGAAGAGGAGACUGCAGCAGGCAGGAGUUCAGAUGGACUCUGAAACACAGCCUUGCUCCUCUGAGACUCAAGGACAGAAACACACCCAGACAUCUUCAGAGGAAUUGAGAUCUGAACAUGACUUGAAGGAUACAGAGAUGCACAUGAUACUAGAAGUUUAUACAAAGCAGGAGAAUGAAGAGCAAAUGCCUGUGUACAGUGAAUCAGCAUCGUUAUCACCAUGUAUGGACAUUUAUCAUGAUCAGACGCCCAGCAAAGACACUGAACCCCAAAUGAUGGACCGCAGUGAGAAUAACUUUACCUUUAUUAACCAAGGACCUAAAAUUAAGACUGAAUUUGAGAGUAAUUCUGAAACAGGUACCACCUGUCAAGUACAGCAGCACAUCACAAAACACGGCUUGGAUGAUUCAGGAGGCAGUGAUGCUUCCAGUGACAGCAACACAAUCAAUGUUAGACACAUUGGCUCCACCAGACAUGAGAUACAAACGUUUAAUCUGCAACUCAGAAAUCAAGAGAUGUUGAUGCAGCAUAGGAUGGAGCUGGCCCAGAUAAGACAGAGAAUGUCUUUGACAAUCCAGCCUUGUAACUCUGAGCGUCAAAGUAAGGAAAGUCAGUCGUCUGUCUAUCAGGAUGAAGUGUCAAAAUAUGACGAGCGGAAACCCGACAAUGCAAGAUACAGUCAGGCCUGGAGGGAUCGUUUGAAAAAAGACCCUGUAAAAUUUGCUGACUUCAAAGCUUUGGAAGCUGCAAGAGCAAGAGAGUAUAGAAGAAAGAGGACUGCUACUGCUACAGAAAUUGAUAAGGGAAAUAAUCGUGAGCGACAGAGAAGAUUCAGAGCCAAAAAGAAGUUACAAAAGUGUGAAGAUCCUGAUAAGCCUCCAUCACCUAAAAAAAAUAAAGUUUUAACAGAAGAAGAGCGGAUGAAGAAACGGGAGUAUAACAGGAUAAGGAAAAGAGAGGAGAGGGAGAGGAUGGGAGCGGAGAAGAAAAGACAAAUCCGUGAAAUAGAUGCGUCCCGAAAGAGGGAAAAAAGAAAGAUGAAAAAGCAAACUGAUACUCCACAUACAAAUGUUGGCUUUCUAAAUAGUACAGCUGGAUCUGAAUAGGCAGAAUGGAUGGCAGUGUCGCAGAUGUGGAAAAAAAUGCCGGCUGAUGCAGAAAAGUGUCCAGACUUCAUGCAUCGUUGUACUCCAUGUAAACAAGCAGCUUUGAAAGCUUGAGGUCUGAAAACAGCUUGUCGAUCAAUAGAUUUGGAUGAUCCACAAAUGAACCUCUAAAGAAGAAGAAGGAUACUACAUCCGUGGAGAAGAGGUGCCUGAUUGUCACUAGUUUGAUACCACUUGCAUGGAUGCUGUGAACAACAUUACUGCUUUCUGUCAUAAAUCUAAGGUUGCACAAGAAUUAUUUUCUUGAGGACUGUACUGUAAAGAAACAAUAACAAAGAUUCUUCACGGAGAUCUCUCUACAGAAGGGCUAUGAAUUUUGGAAGCUGGAAAAUCCCGAAAACAAUGUUGUCCUUUUGUGUUUUCUUACAGCUUUGACCUUCACAUGUUCUUCUUCAGUGUCAGAGUUUUACUGAAUCUUCAGAACCUGAACAGAAAGUUCUCCAUUCUGUACGGUGUGUUUCUCGUGGGGUCCUGGGUACUCGCUUGUAUUCAUGCUUCUGUGAUGACUGUAUGAAUGUUGAUGAUGGAAGCCAGUGUUCCAACUCCAAUUAUGUCUUUCCCUGACAACGACGUACCUUGAACAUAGAUGCUAAAAUAAUUGAUUUAUACCUGUGACUGAAGAAAAGAACGCCUUUCCUGAUAAUUUUGCUAUAAGUACAAGUAAAGAUGACCAAAUUCCAAGUGAACAAAUAGAUCUCUAGAUAAAACCUACUAACCCAGGUAAGGGCUCCAUUUCAUAAUGGUUCCAACUUGAACAUACUAUGUAUUCUUGACAGUUGCCUUACUGUUGUAGCUAUAUCUAAGUCCUAAAAUGCUAAAACUUCAGAUUUAAGGCUUAGGGGCCGUUCACAUAGAAUGUGUUUUUCCAUUCCAGUCUGCUUCUUUUCCAUUGUUAUUCUAUGCAGACUCGCUAGACUUGUAUGGUGCGUUGUGCAUUUAAGACGCCAUUUCAUGUUAUGAAUUUCAGUGUUUAAAAUCAGCACCGCCCAUCAGUGUCAGUUCCAAAACAGUGGACCAAUCAGAAGACCCUAGAGGCGGGGCAAGUGUUGACAGCUUUUGUUUACAGUAAGCAAGUUGGCAUGAGAGCUGUUUUAUUUGACAAUAAAAUGAUGGAGGAGGCAUUCUGUGCUGCUCUGUGUGAAUGGCCCUAUAGAUAAAGCUGCAGUAGCAAAUUAACUUAAAGCUGGAUCACUUUUAAUUGUUAUGUUCUGUGGAAGAAAAUGGGCUGGGCCCUUGUGAAUUUUAUUGGAACAGUGCACAGCUUUAAAAAAAAUGAUGGCACUUGCUAAAGCAGUAUUUAUUAAUGUGUAAUUUCAGGAUUUGCAGAUAGAAGUUCUCAGAGAUUACGUCAUUCUGUACACCCAUCCACCCAAGUGAUGCUUGAAACCAAGUGAUAAGAGCUCUUGAACCAACAGCUGAUAGAGGAGUCCAGAUGAAGUUUUUGGAGCAGCGUGGAUUAUGCAAACAUUUUUUUACCUGACCAAUGACAAACGAAGCCUCACUUUCUGUCUGGUCAUGUGCUUAAUUCACUUUGUGUGUCGGAAUGUUUGAACCCCCAGAUCUUACUUUACUUCACAUUUUCAUUCUGACUUAUUCUCAUUCUGACAUUUUUAAAUCCAGCGGGGUUCAAGCGCUUAAGGCAUUUUAGCAUAUAAGGAAAAAGACAUUACAUACAGUUAGCAAGGCUGUACCCACCUAAAUCAAUGAUUUAAAAAGGAUUUUUGGCAAAUACAGAUAAUUUACCACAGAAAUAUAAUGUUUUUUUAUGUUUAUAAACUGUGAUUUUAGGUAAAUUUGUGCAGGCCCCUUUUCUAAAUUACCCCGUUAUAGCUUCCCAAAGGGUAAAUUUCAACAUUUUUUUUAUUAAAAAAAACAAACAAAAAUUAUACAAAAAAAAACAUAUGUGUGGUUUUUUCCAGACUGGGGGAAAACCUAGGACUAGUUCGGAAAAGUAGGUCUUUUACAUCUUCUCAGUCAUUUAACCAACGAUUUGAUUGACAGCAGUGGUUCUAGAGGCAAAGUUGUCCGGAAUGAGAAGUUAUAACGUAUGAUAGGAAUAUUGUGCGUAUGUGCGGAAAAACUGCUCGAUGUGCAGUGGUUUACACCCUCGAAAAAUGCGAUAUCACCCUUCAGUGCCUAAUUUAUUUCAAAUUUCUCUCAGGACUUUGGGGCCAUGAGUUGAACAGGCCCAUUGAGUUUCAUUCCGAUUGCCCUCCAUUAACCUUGUCUUAACAGGUGCUCAGAUUUCAUCUGCCAAUGGCGGCCAUAUUUUUUUUUGAGCUCUUACACCAGUUUGGCGGAGAUAUUUCAUUUUGUUCCAGAGUUAUAGGCAUAUUACUAAAAGUGUCCCUGCCCCUUUCAAAAGUUUUUGGCACCCCUUUGAGACAGUUCAGUCGAAAGUUCAACUUUUUCUGUGAAAGAGAAGAGAAUCUUUUUGCACUGGUUUGGUUCCGAUCAGGUGAAAAAUCUAGGACUAGUUUGCAAAAGUAGAUUUUUCAAAAAAUCCAAAAUACCCGAAAAUUGCGUGAGGCUCACAAUCAAAUCUGAUGGCAUGCGUUUUGUCCGGCAUGAGCCAAGAAUUCUACUGUACAUAAGACACUUAAGCCUGCGACUGAAGGUUUAGGAGUUAUGAAAGAUUUCGUACUUUUGUUCGCUGUAGGGUUCCCGUCAGGCCAAAUGGGGCGAGCCUUGGUCACGUUGUCUGUGGUGUGAGUACUACCAGCCCCCCAAGUUUCAAGUCUCUACGACUUACAGUUUGGUCUGCAUGAUCAGUUUUACGUGGAGUUUUUCAUGACCAUUCUAACAAUUACAAUAGGGUUUUAGUGCUAUGCGCUUGAACCCCAAAUACCCAAUCAUACGUAAUAUGAAGUAAUAUGAAGAAUACAAAAUAUUUCAGGAAAAUUAAAUAUUUGCCAUAUGCAGUUCAUAUAUGUACAUUAUUCUCUGUUACAUCAUAUUGAUAUUCCUACUCACAUUUAACAUGAGUCAUUCUAUGGAAUGUGUGGUAAAUGCUUCUUCUGACAGACCUUCUUUCACAAGCUUUUGGCUGCUUUAUUUUUUACUAACCACCAAAUAGCAGUUUUCAACAUUCUGAAAGCUUUGAAUCUUUUCCCGAAACAGUCAGAAGAAAGUCUCAGUGCUUCAGGAGGCUUCCAUUUGCCCAUCACUACUGUCAACUGUUGAAUGAAUGUCAUGUUCCACUUUGAACUGGAAGACACUCACACUUUUGACACAAGGCCUCAUGGGGCGUAGGAAACUACCCCUAGUAAGGGGUAGUAAGGUGUAAUUUAAGUAAAAUUUUUUGAAAUUUUCAACAUGAAAAAAUCCAACAUUAAUAGUGAGCACACUUAUGUGUGUUAUUUCUGAUGGACACAUUUCAUAAAAUAUACAUUUUGAAUUGUAUUUUAUAAAAUAUGGCCGUCAGAAAAGUGUGCUCACCGUUGGAUUUGUUGGAUUUUAUUCUGGCUGAUCAUAGUAAGGUCCAGGAGGGUUUUUAUGAUAUUAUUGUAAUAUUAUUAAGUAUAAUAUUUUGACAGUGAAUUAUUUUCACAAUCUACUGCCCAGUACUAUAAACCUCCUCUCCACUGCACACACUCAAGAAGCCCCUAUAUCUGCAUGUGGAAUUGUACAGUUUUUUCCCUCCGACAUUGCAUAAAAUCUUAUUUUAAGUAUUAUUUAAGUAUUAAUAUUUUACAUUGUUUAAGGAUAAUAUUUGAUCUCUUUCAGGUAAUUUUUUAUUUUAAAAUGUUUUAUAAACCGUUUCUCCUAAAGACUGUUGAAACUGUUGAAAGAAUAGCUCAUUUGAUUUGGUUGCCAGUUGCCAUCAAAAUCUAAUAGCACAUAUUAAAAUUUUACCAUGGUUUCAGUAUGGUAUCACAAUCUGUAAUGACGAUGCUAUUUCGCUGGAAAUGUUUUAGAUUGAUGGUAAAUAAUAUUUUAAGAGAAAUAAGAAAAUGAAGUCCUUUUUUAUUACAGUCAUUGUAGUUUCUGUAUGUGUUUAGGUUACUGUUUUUCAUAACUACCAUAAAAGUGUUAAGAGAUCCUGUUACAUUCAUGUUUCCAUGGUAACAAAAAGCAGCAGGAAGAGAAAGAAAAAAGGAUGUGAGAUGUUAUUUUGAAGGUGAAGGGUGUGAAUUGGUUUGUUGAGAACAGAGAGUUUAUUUAGCGUAUGUUUCUCAUAUCUUGAACUCUUGAAUCAAAAUGAUAUGAUCUAGUAGGGAGAUGUCCACUGUAUCAUCCAAAGAUUUAGAUUUGCUGAAUCAUUCAGCAGUCAGAUAUUUCCAGUGACAAAACUAAUAAAAUGCCAAAAUUAAACAACGGUAAUUUGCUUAUGAAUUUGUAAACAUAAAAUAAUUAUAUUUUGUAAGGAUAAAAAUAAUCUGUUUUUAUAAAUAUGGAGCACACAUCCAGACCAGCAGGUGGAGCUGAUUAUCAACGACAUACAGCAGUAUGUACGCAGACAAAACAGACGAGAAGUCUGUUAUGGAUGGGGAAAUAAAAGGUGGAUGUACACUUCACUGACAUUUUAUUAACGCGCAAUG